AUGUACAUCUUGUACGACUUGAGAGCGUAUUUGGUGAACAAUUUAUCAACAAGGUCCUGUUCUUUCAACACCACCGAGUCGUUGAACGACUCGUCAUACAAAACAGAGUUGUUCUGCGGCAGACUUUGGAUCUCCUGGAAGUUAUCGAGCUCGAUGUUGUCCAGAUCAAAGCUCUCGCUCACGAGCUGUUUCAUCCAGUACAACAUUCCAAGGAAAAUGUGCCAGUUGGAGCCACCAACAGCGCUGAUCUGCGACUUGUUGAUGGUAUCCAAAUACGGAUAUUCCAGAAAUUUCAACAACGAGUACACCUCUUGCUCGAUGGAUCUGAAAAACUUGUAG